AUGGUGCAGAAGGAGUUCAUAGACUGGGAAAGAAGAUUCGCAAGGCUAGGACCUAGUAAAGAUGAAAAUGGGAUAAUUGUAGUCGGAGAAAGGAUUAGCCAGUGGCUAAAGGACAGUUGGAAUCAGAAUCAGUUUAUACUGCUCUCGAGAAAACAUCCUUUCACUAGACUAUAUAUCCAUCAUCUCCACAACCUCGAUCAUGGUGGCGUGGACAUGACUUUGGCAAAGCUGCAAGUAAAAUUUUGGGUUCCAGGAGCACGCAGGGUAAUAAAGUCAGUAAAGGAGAAAUGUGUUAUCUGCAAGAAGACUGACAAAGUAAGGAUGGAACAACAAAUGGGACAGCUCCCAGAGCAGCGUUUAAAACCUGCGCCUGCUUUCUUCAACACCUCGCUGGACUUAUUUGGCCCGAUGAUGAUAAGAGAUACUGUUAAACGUAGAGUAAGAUCAAAGGUGUAUGGCGUGAUAUUUACUUGUCUCACUAGUCGUGCUGCAUACAUUGACCUGGCGGAGGGAUAUGAUACUGACAGUUUUCUAAGUACGUUCCGGCGAUUUGUUUCAGUACGAGGAUAUCCUCACACAAUCCACUCUGACAUGGGAACGCAGUUAACAUCUGCCAGUAAGGAAAUUAGGGAUAUGACUUCCAGAUGGAAUGUCACUGAGAUAUCAAAGUUUGGCUCACAUCAGGGAACAGCAUGGUCUUUCAACAAAUCAGCAGACGCACCAUGGCAGAAUGGAGUGUGUGAGGCUCUCGUUAAGUCAGUGAAGCGACUAUUGGUCAUUGCCAUUGGAGAAAAUGUGUUGAGUUUUGGUGAGCUGCAGACAGUGGUAUUUGAAGUAGCAAACUUGUUGAACGAACGGCCAAUAGGACUCAAACCGGGUUAUGAUAUAAACUUGGGUACUUACUUAUGUCCUAAUGACUUGCUGCUUGGUCGCGCUAGUAACAAAGUACCAAAUGGACCUAUGGUUGAUACUACUGAUGUGAGAAAAAGAUUCAGUCUUAUUCAGAGUAUUAUAACAUCGUUCUGGAGGCGAUGGAUGAGGAUUACUUCCCACAUUAACAGUUAG